UGUGAGUUCCUAUAAACAAAACCGUGAGGGCGUCGUCAGGGCCCAAAGCGGACAAUAUCGUGCUACGGUGGUGAAUCGGGCCCGGGAAGUGGUCCCCCCCCUCGGGGCCGGGAUGUGACACAAGUCCUUUUCGUUAAUGCUCCAUUUUUUAUUUCCUCCCAUGCACUUUCAUAUUUAAUCUUAUAUAUUGUUUUCGAUUCAUUUAAUUCAAUUCGAUGAACAUAAAUAAAAAGAAUAAAAGAUUUGCGUUGAAAAAGAAAAAAGACGUGUGACUAUUAUUGCCCAACAAUAACUGCGUAGUAAAUAGAAAAUAUGUAGUAGCCAUUUUUAUAUUGUUAAAUUUGGUAAGUCGACUUGUACUUUGAACACAUAAAUUCCCCAAAAAUAGGAAGGCCAAUUCACAUUACACUUUUACAUUUGGGAGAAAAUUUUUGUGUUUUCUCUUGACAUCACCGGUAGAUGAGUUUAAAUUUCGAGAUCUGUAUAGUGGAUAGACACAAAUCUUAAAAUUUAAACUCAUCUAACAGUAAUAAAUAGAAUGAUAAGUAUUAUCAACACUUGAGAAUGGUUAGCAAAGACGCACCCUUUAUUUUUAUCAAUAGCAUCUUUGCAUCUUUGUCAGUUUGUUGUGAAACGAAUUCAUUAGUUACACUUUUUUAUUUAAAUAAGUAGAAUUACGAUUAGAGUUCAUUACAGAAUAUCGUUUGGUGAUUAAGUAACGUAAUUCUUUUGAGUAUAUUUUUAAUGGGAAUAAGAAAAAAAAGGUAGGUAAAUUAUGAGGGAGGAAUAAAUUUUUUUUACUGUUAAUUAUUAGUUUUAUAUUUGUUUUUAUUGCUUUCAGUGUAACAAUUGGCCCUUUUAUUUUUAUGAUUAGAAAUUAAUAUUUACAAAAGCAAUUAAUAAACAAAAACAAAAGUUAAUUAACAUGACCAAAGGGAAUGGAUUCAACUCAAUCGCAAGCAAAAUCACAUCCAGAAGCCAUGGCAAAACAAGAGUUAGAGAAAGAGGAGAAGAACAAUGGCACAAGAGAGAGACCUAACAAGAAGGAAGUGAUCAUCACUGUCUAUGUGGAAUUACCAGCAUCGUCUGAUUCUCAUCAGAAACCUGGUCCUGUCAAGAAGAUUAACCCCAAGCGGAGCUCCGAAAAGCCUCAUCAGACUGCGAAAACACGAAUCUAUGAUCGCCGGGCUCAACUCCUUGCUUAUUCUCAAGAGCUACGAACAACUGGUGAUGCUCAGAAAGUGCAAUGGACUAACAACGGUUCAAAGCCUAAGCCUAGGCAGGUGGGAAACAAAAGGUUCAUAACUCCAAUAAGACACAAAAGAACAAAGAGCAGAGGGAGAUAUCAACGCUUAGUACCAGAAGUGGACGUAUAUUGCAAUCCCAAAUCCAUCAUAGGCAGGAACAAAAAGGCCGUCGGAUCAGAAACAAGUUCUAACUUUCUGAGGAAGAUAAGGUGUGUGCUGAGAGGAAUUUCUGGUUUGCGCUGCAACAAAGGGUCCAAGGUUGCAGAGAGAAAUUAUCAUGCUAUUUGAUUUAGAAUUUUUAAUGUUAAUUUGCUUGAAUGGGUCUUAUGUCUUUUUACCCCCUUAUCCAGUUCUGUUUGUUACAGAAGUACAUUUAAGAUCCAUCUUUUCCUCCAUGCGUGGACUUUUUAAACAUCUUGCCAAGUGAAAAAUACUCAAAACAAGAGUAGUUACUGCAGAAAAAAUCGUAGUAUGCGUGUAAACAGAACACUUUUUAGCUCCUUAAAUAAUAUAAGCCGGGUAUACUAAGUGUAAUAAUACAA